AUUUAAUCUUUGAAAUACUUUAAGAAUAACAUUGUCAUCAUGGAUUUUGAUGAUGAUUUUGCCACACCGCUGCCAGAGGAGCGCCUUAUACGUCCACAUACGCUAAAUGUGGAACAGGAACGGGAUCUCAUUGAGGCAUUUUCAUUGUUUGACACAGCCUAUGCAGGAGUUAUACCAAUGAAGCGACUGAAGGAUAUUUUGCGAGCCGUCGCACAAAUGCCGCCUGAGCAUGAACUACAGGACUAUUAUGCUGAAUACGAUCCCGACGGCUUGGAUGAGUUGUAUCUGAGCGAUUUUCUGCACAUAAUGUCCAUGCGGUACAAGGACCAAACGCCCGAGGAUGAGAUAAUACAAGCAUUCAGGGUAUUCGACAAGGAUGACAAUGGCUGGAUAAGCGAGAAGGAGUUUCGCAAUAUAAUGGCCACACUGGGUGAUCCGAUGAACGAUGACGAUCUCGAUCAAAUCGUACUAGAUGCCAAUUCAAAUGCAGAGGGUAAUAUUGUAUAUAAGGAUUUUGUGGCGAUAAUGACAGAGCGCUAG